AUGAAGAAAGCUGGUUUUUCAAACAGUGAUGCAGAUCCAUGCCUAUUUUAUCGUAGACAAAAUGGAAAUAGCCUUUAUGUGGUAAUCUACGUUGAUGAUGGCCUGAUUGUCGGCAGUAACAAGAAAGAAAUUGCUGUUUUUAUGGAUGUUUUACAACAUGAAUUCGAAAUAACAACUGGCAGUCUUGACAAUUUUCUUGGCAUAAAAAUAAAGCAAUAUGAAGAUGGAGCAAUAAUGAUAAGUCAAGGGAAAUACACAGAAGAAAUUCUGCAAAGAUUUCGAAUGGCAGAAUGCAAUACAAUCUCAACUCCUAUUGGACGUGAGGACAAUAAUCAAAACGAAGAAGUUUCGUCAUUUGUACCCUACCGUGAAGCAAUUGGUUGUCUCAUGUACCUUUCAACAGUCAAUAAAGCUGCUCGAGCUAUGGAGAAACCAACCACUGAAGACUGGAGUAGAGUAAAGCGCAUUUUCCGGUAUUUGAAAGGGACCUUAAAUUUUGGAAUUGUAUAUAAUAAAAAAGAAGAGUUAAAGAUUUACGCUGAUGCAGAUUUCGCAGGUGAUAACCGGACAAGGCGCUCAACAACUGGAAUUCUUGCAAAGUACUCAGGUGGUGCAGUGUCAUGGACAAGUCAGUGGCCACAUCCACAACCGAGGCAGCUAGUGAAGGAGCAAAAGAGUUAG